AAGUACCUCGACGACUUCUUUUGGCAUCGCAUAUUUGACUUGAAUUCUAGAAUGUAAACAAUGAGCUCAAGCAACAUUGCCAAAGUCAGGGUUCUGAUUUCAUUGAACAUAGCGUCGGAGUCGCGGCAGAAGGCUGCAAUAUCUGGACAAUGAAAUUGAGUAUCCGCCCGCGUUCAAUGGUGGCAUAAACCACUGGCCAGGAGCAUAUAUAAGGGACCGACUUUACUCGCUGAUAUCUCCAUCAUCCUUUCACUUGUCUGUGACAUCGAAGGCCUGGUUGUCUUCCCACUGCUCGUUACCACUGAUUUCACUAUCCUUUUUUCUUCAAUUUUCACAUCAUUUUCACCAUGUCCUACAACCCCUACAAUCCCGGCCGUGUCUACGAAGGCGGCUACUCCACCCCUUCUCAGAGUAACCCGAAUCAGGGGCCUCCGGUCUUCAAUCUCAAUUGGUACAAAACCUCACCUGAGAACCGGCCCCACGAAGAGUUGUUCAGUGGGCCCGAUCGUCACCCUCGUUCGCGGGUCAGGCCCGAAGCGUCAGGAUCGAACUACCACGCCAGUCGGGCUAGUUCGAGUCAGGCGCCUCCUCGCCCUGUUACUCCCCCGCCUAGCUCGGUGCCUUACUACGGCCCUCCUGGACCGCAAACGCCCCCGAGAAAAUAUUCCAUCGAGCAUUACAAAACUAUUAUGCCACCCAAGUGGAAAGUUUCACCGGGAAAAAGGGAGGCGCGAGUUACGCCGGACAAGCCUGUCCAGCUGGUGGCGUAUGUUAGCCACCGAAACUCGUUAGUGCCAACCGACGAGAAUGGCAAGCCCCUUCCACCCAAACUGUUCAUUUUCAACCCCGGUCGUCAGAUCAAUCCCCAAACCCCUUGUGACGACCAGUGUGCUCACUUCCAGUUUAUGCAUCAAGGCGACUUUAAGGUGAAAAAGGCGGAGAAGGUCGUGGUGGUCCAACAACCAGGGCCGAUUCCCACUAAAUCUGCGACCUUUAUUUCCUUCGUCAGUCGCGGCGUUGUAGUUGAUUUCCCUGGCCAAAACCCACGAGGCUGCGGGGUUCUUCUUCGCGAUGUGUUGGAUCCUCCUGAGGGUUUCUCUGUCGUUGACGACAGCAAGAUCGUCAACCCUUUCGGUGCUGAAGCGCUUCUGUUGAACAUUAACGUCAAUGGUUAUCCGAUAAUGAUGGAAACUAUCAACAUGCAGUGUCAACAUGGAUGCGUCACUCGGUACGGGAUCCUGAAGGCAGUCGCUCAGCUGUACCACCGCAUCAUGCACAUGUCGUUCGUCCCUACUGGGGAGCCGCUGUGGCGGAACAAAGCGCUGCCCAAGAAGAUAAGGUUUGAAAACAUCCGUCUGGUGUCCCUUUACACCUUUGAUCGCGCAAUCUGGAACGCGGAGUAUAUCUUCGUUUCCCCGAAAAAGCCCAAGAGAGCGGAUUAGUUUUGUAGUAGGCCGUCUACGGCGAAGAGGUUUUUGUCGCUCACUUCAUUGCUUGUUUCCUCAAUGUGCUGGACUUUAUCCUGCCUUUCUUCAUGUCUUUAUUCAGACCUGUAAUCUGGCUUUGAUUCUAGAAUGGAAACACUACUUGAUGCCACAAUGGGAUUUUUGAUACGCUAACCAUAAGGAUUAUGCCAAUAACAUCGAUAAGUGUGAAAUCGUUCAGCGGAACAUCCAUGUCAUAAAGGCUCAGAGCAGAAGCAUAGUACAGCUUUGAUGCUGAGUCCGGUACGGUAUGUCGGUAGCGGCGCAAGCGCCAGGUCCCCGAUUCUUUCGGAUUCCAAUAAUAUAAACGAUGUUAGCAGUAAACGUGUUUCUGAAGCCAAAA